GUAGUCAGCAAUUUGAUAGGUCCCUUCUUCCCACCACCACUACCCUUAAGCUAGAAAUAUGAAAUAGAGACCAAGAACUGUAUUUUAUACUUUCUUUACUAAGCUCAUCUAUCAGAUUUGACACUGGAAUGUUUGAUCUUCAGUAAUAUUGCUCUGUAUUUUUAUUUGUUGUACAAAUUCACUUAGCUUAGCAACGUAUUAUUGAAAAUAUAUAACCUGCUAAAGUAGUGCUGUGCAGUAGAAAUAUGUGAGUCACAUACAUAUUUUAAUGCAAUAUAUGCAAAAUAGUAUCAUUUCUACAUUAAUCCAUAUAAAAUUAUUAAUAGAAUAUUUUACUUUGUUCUAAGUCUUCAAAAUCCAGUGUGCAUUUUACACUUACAGCACGUCUCAAUUUGGACUAAACCACAUUUUUAGUGCUCAGUGGCCACGUGUGCCAAGUAGCUACCAUAUUAAACAGUGAAGCUCUAAAGUGUUACAUAUAAAUAUUAUAACAAAAUAUGUUUUUUGCAUUCCUCAUUAUUUUUCUAGAAACAUCCUAGUCAAGGUAACCAAAGAAUAUUCACAUGCUUAAGUUUGCUUAGAGCUAGUAUAGCUAUAAACAUCUGGGGGAAAAAAACCUGAAUAUAAAGUAUUAUUUUCUAAAUAUCUCUAUGAUUGUAUGAUUUAAAAUGUUCUGUAUGUAUUCCAAUGUGAAGAAGAGAGAUUACUUCAUUUGAUAAGUGCUUUUUAAACCUUGGAUCACAAUUGAUUUGAAUUGAUUCAAAUAUUUUAAAAUAUAGUUAUAAAAUGAUCAUGGUGGUUUGGUACUUUAUAAAAAAUAGAAACACACCUUCUUCUCAUAUGUAAUUGUCCUCCUUGCCAAAGUAUGGUUUGGAGAGAAAAUCUUAUGUUCGUGAGGUCUCUGAAUUUUUUGCAUUUUCUAAACUUUGAGGGAAAUGACCUUACUUUUAUGUAAGCUAACUUUUAUGUAAAUAUUAUCUGAUGCCUAUUGUAUUCUCUUACUCACUGAAAUUUUUACCGACUUCUUCCUGUGACUUCUGCAUUUAAAGUGUUGGCACAAAAUGUUAAACUAUUCUUUAAACAAUAAGUCUGGUUUCUUGGAUAUCAUAAAUCCAUUCAUUGAUUUCCUAAUUGUAUUAUGUACACAGUCAAUUGUAAUCCAAGAUUACAGCAAACAAGAUGUUAAUUUCUAGACAUAAUCUAUGUACAUUUCAGGUACAGAGCAUGAUUGUUAUAGAAGCACGGAAUAAAAAGGAAUAACAUUUGUGCGAUCCUCACAGGAGCUGUCAAUAAAAGAUGUAAUAGGGGAUUUAGGAAUCUGGAAAUGGCCAACUAAUUUAUGUGAAUCUAUUUUAUUUCAGCUAGAGAGACCAAGCUCUUUUUCGUCUGCACUGCAUAUUGCAGAGCACAGUCUGUCUGUGGAAAACCAGGCGGCUGCAUAUGGAUAGUCCCUUGAUAUCAUUCACUUGCUGUGUAAUCUUAUUAUGCAAAGUUCUAAUCUUCACCUAGAAUGAAUGCCUCUGGGUCAGAAUAUAGUCAUAUCAGGGUUUUUGAGGUCAUGUUUUGUGAUCCUUAGCUUAUUCUUCUAAGUAGGGCUGGGAUUUAAAGGGUAUUCCCCAGACGCUAGCAGAGAUAGACAGCAGAACCUGCUGCCUUUUUGGAAGACAAGACCAACAUGAGGUCCCUGGAAGGAUUAAACUUGAUUUGUAGCUGUAGGAUUUUUUAACAGAUGUAUUAUUGGACAGGGAAUAGGGGCCCACCAGCACAGUAAAAUUGAGUCACGACUGGCAUUCUCAGGGAGUUUGCUGCCUGCUCAAACAGCAGCUGCAUGUGGAUUUGACUUCUUUCAGGUGAAGCGACUUCCAGUCAUUUGGAAAGGAUGGGAUGAAAAGGAACCUUGGUGAUAAUUUUGAUGUCUGCAAGAUUUAGUACCAGUGUAAUGGGAUUAUCGGUAACACCUUCACUGCAGAAAAAGCCACCUGGCGCUAUAACUGGCAGCAACUGAGAACUAAUCCUUUCCCAUCUCUUGGAUGUCAUUCAUGAAGCUCAAAGCAAUUUCUACCCUGCUAACUGUGAUUAAUUUUAUAAAUAACAACAAAAAAUCAGGCCAAUGGUGGCAGACUCUACAUAGAACUAUGCUUCGUGGUGUUCUGGGAAAAACCUUUCGACUUAUUGGCUAUACUAUUCAGUAUGGCUGUAUAGUUCAUUGUACGUUUGAAUACGUUGGUGGUGUUGUCAUGUGUUCUGGACCAUCAAUGGAGCCUACAAUUCAAAAUUCAGAUAUUGUCUUUGCAGAAAAUCUUAGUCGACAUUUUUAUGGUAUCCAAAGAGGUGACGUUGUGAUUGCAAAAAGCCCGAGUGAUCCAAAAUCAAAUAUUUGUAAAAGAGUAAUUGGUUUGGAAGGAGACAAAAUCCUCAGCAGUAGUUCAUCAGAUUUCUUUAAAAGCCAUAGUUAUGUGCCAAUGGGUCAUGUUUGGUUAGAAGGUGAUAAUCUACAGAAUUCUACAGAUUCCAGAUUUGGCCUUUGAGUGAUUUUGGAUUCCUACGUGACAACCCCAAUGGCCACAGAUUUUCUGAUGAUUAGCAAGCAUUUAUUCUUUUGACUUACUAUCUCCUGUUUAAGUGAAUUAUUGUCACUGAAACC